CUCAAAUAGUUGCCGUCACAAGAAGUGCCGAUUUUACUACGGUCUGCGGUUGACCAAGUGUUGCUAUGUCUCACUUAGCGAGCGGGCCCCGUUGCGCCACUGGGGUCUUUAGAAGAGCAAAUGUCUAGUUUAAUGACUGUGUAACCAUCUGUACCAGAAUUGCCGAGGAACGAGUGGCUUCGUAGACGAGCGCCAUGGGCGACAGUUGGCAUGGCGCCGAAUCUGCGCCGGUGCUGGACGUCACAGCCUACCGUAUCAUUAGGACAAUAGGGAAAGGAGGAUUUGCCAAAGUCUUCUCUGUAGCCUACACUUCACAGUCGGGCGGGGAGGACAUCAUGGCCUUGAAGCUGCCGAGGCCGCUGCACGCGGACAAUCCGAAGAGCAGGGACCUGCUUGAGCGACUUUUCCUGACCGAAGCGCAACUAACUGCAUCGGUGAAGCACAAGAACAUCGUCCGCUGCCAUGGCCUGCGCCGCGUCCUUCCCGGCUUCCCCGGCCUGGACCCCCUGCCCGAGCCCUCCUGGGGCAUGCUGCUGGAGUACUGCGAGGGCGGCUCCCUGAGCGACCGGCUGCUCCACGCCAUGGCUCGCGGCCGCGCCUGCGCCGCCUCCGAGCUCACGACGCUGGGCUGGCUGGCGGAUGUGGCGGAGGCGCUGACCUUCCUGCACG